AUGUCCGAGCUGAGGACCAGCGGUUUCUUUCGACCGUGGCAUAUCCCGGAGACCACGAAUAAAGCGGAGACCACAAUUGUCCCUGUUGACGAUACUCCCCAUGAUACGUCGUGCAACAGACAGGAGGACGACGACGAGAGCGUCGUGUCUUCGGUGACAUCGACAACAUCCACCUCAAGCUCGACCACCGUGGAAACAUCCGAAAAAUAUGACGAUCAUCUCUUGGAUCGCGGUACGGCGGACUCGACUUCGUUAAACGUUGUUCGUCAUCGCGCAAGGAUACGUCGGGGAAGCGAGUCCUCCGACGACGUGGCGACCAGCACCACGCCUUCCCUUGAAGGCGAGGACGUCGUCGGGAGCACUGUGCAAGAUACGAAGAACAAAUCACGUGCCUUCCGUUCGCAGCAAUCGAUCGAUUCGACGACCCACGCGGUUCCCGUUCGCGAUUCAGAUAAGUUUAAUGGUGCCAGUGAUGUUAGUCCGCUGGAAUAUCUCUCGACAUUCGAGUUUCGACGUCCGGAAACCUUUGCACCGAUAAGCGAUGGAGCUUAUUCGAUGGCGAAUUCAGCUGGACCAUCAUCGAUCCCUGAGUUGUACUACGCCUUUCCCGACUUUCACUCGGGGAUUCAUCCUGGAAUACAUUCCGCAGUUCAACCGGGGAUUCUUCCUUCGGAGUUUUAUCAUCGUUCUGUGGAGGAAGCGAUGCAACUGGUGCAUCGACAGGAUGUUGUUGCCAAACAAAUGAAGAAGAUGCGCCCAAAGAAGUUUCGCUGUCAAUAUUGCGACGUCGCGUUUAGCAACAACGGCCAACUUAAAGGACACAUUCGGAUACACACUGGGGAGAGACCGUUCAAGUGCGACGUAGAGUCUUGCGGAAAAUCGUUCACCAGAAACGAAGAACUGACGCGACACAAGCGGAUUCACACUGGUGUUCGCCCUCAUUCUUGUGUCGUUUGUGGCAAACGAUUCGGACGUAAGGACCAUCUGAAGAAACACACGAGGACCCACGAAAUUCGCGAUCCGUACCGCGUUUCGGCGACGGCAUUGGGCAUGUUCGCUCUAGGCCAUUCAUUUCAACAAGCUACCGGACUGCCGCCAUACAUCUACCAGAUCUGA